GCGGCAACUUUUGAAGAGGAAGGUGCUCAACAACUUUUUGGUCUUGGUGGCGGUUCCAGGGAGAGGUAAACCGUCAUUUCCGGAAGGCAGCCUUGCCUCUUUUCCAUCUCCCAUUCCGCUUGCGAAGGUAGCUGUAGCUGUCCUCUGGAAGCCACAUCAAUCCGAAUCUUCAGCGACGCGAGGACAGGCAGGCACGCGGCCAAAUGGAUACCAUGGAUAUCGACAGGCUGGUUGCGCCUCCAGCGCACACAGCGGCUGCGUUCUCCCCGGACAUGGUGGACCCGAGCCUGUAUCAAGCGGAGGCGCUGGAGCCAGAUGUGCAGAUGGAGGACGACGAGGACGAGGCGGCGAGCGACAUCUCGGCCGACUCGGACGCCCUCGAACUGCGCGCCGAGGUCGAGCGCUUCGACCAGCAGCAAGAGGCCUUUGUCGCCCGCCAGCGCGCCGAAGCCGCCGGCCUGCCCUACCAGCCACCACCGUCUCGCAAAGCAGGCGCCGGUGCCGCUGGGCGAAAACAAAAACGAAGGCGGGUCCGCGGCCCGCGCAAGCCCGCGCCGCUCCCUCCGGACAUCCAGUUCCGCCUGUCGCUCGCCAACGAGGCCUUCCAGCAGCAGGACUACGACAAGGCGAUCGCGCACCUCUCCGAGAUCAUCCGCAUCAACAGCGAGGUCUUCAACGCCUGGAUGCUGCUGUCGACCGUGCACGAGACGCUGGGCAACCGCGACCAGGCUAUCUGGUGCCGCAUCUCGGCCGCGCACCUGACCCCGCGCGACGUGAACCAGUGGAUCAGCACGGCCGAGUACGCGCUCGAGUGCCUCGGCGACCUGGGCGACGAUGACGGCAACGAGGGCGCCGACGACGACGAGGACGCGGAGGCCGCCCGCCGCCGGUCCGAAAAGGCCGAGGUGCUGGCGCGCGCCUACGCCUGCUACACGCAGGCGCUCGAGACGGACCGCUCGAGCAUCGCCGCGCGCACCGGCAGGGCCGAUGUCAUCCUGAUGCAGGGCAACGCGAGCAAGGCGCUGGUCGAGUACCAGAAGGCGCUGAGCUACCGGCCGUGGAACAUCCGGACGGUGCGGAACAUCGCGGACGUGGCGCUGGAUGUCAAGGACCGCAGGAAGGGCGCGGACAUCGCCCGCGGCGCGUACAGGCGGCUCAUUGACCACCUCCAGGCGACGGGCACAUACGAGGCCGAGGAGGGCAGGUUUGAGUGGUCGGAUCUGAGGAUCUACCUGGAGUUCUUCACCAUUCUCGAGCAGUGGCAAGAGGGCGCCCGGGAGCUCAAGGAGAUCUCACGCUGGCUGCUCGGCCGGAGGGCCGAGACCUACUGGGACCAGUGGAUCGAUGACGACAGGGAGUGGGAUAUCUACGACGACAGGCGCCUGGCGGUGCCCGGUUUUGAGCCCGCUCAGUUCCCCCAAGAGAGCUAUGGCCAGGGGCUUCCGGUCGACUUACGCGCGAAGCUGUACGUGUACCGGAGCAAGCUGGGUCUCGAGCACGAGGCCGAGCUGCACCUGCAAUUGCUCGACCCCGGGAGGGAAGAAGACUUCAUGGACUUUCCGGACUGCCUCAAAGAUAUCGCCGUCGCGCUGCUGGACCGCAACCGGGCGGACGAGGCGAUCCGCUAUCUCGACCUCUUCAGACACAUCGCGACCACGACCGGGGAGACGGUGCUGGAUGCCGACUUCUCGGUCUGCCAGGGCCGGUACCACAUGGCCCGCGGCGAGAAGGCGGCCGCCGAAGAGUGCUUCAUCGCGGCCAUCGAGGAGGACGAAGACCAUAUCGAGGCUCGCGUCCAGUUGGCCAACAUGUACGAAGGCGAGGAGAUGCAGGAAGGGCGGGAGGAAGCGUUCCUGCUGGUGAGAGAGGCGAUGAACCUGGAAGCCAGCGGGACUCGGCGGCGCCGCGGACCGUACGGCCCGCGGAAACCGCGAGAGGGACCGCCCCGGCCCCGGAAGCCCAGGGACCCGAACAGGAAGUCCAACUACGUGCCGCGGCGGUUGAUCGACGCCGAGAAGCGGAGGCAGCAGGAACUGGUAAUGACGGCCCAGGCGGCCAAGAACUUCCAACGGCUGCAGGCCGUGCAGGACCGCGCCUUGGCCGGCGACGAGCAGGCGAAGGCCGAGUGGAUGAAGGCGGCCAAGCUGCUCGUGGACGACUUCCGAUCGUACAAGCAGUUCUACCCGUGGGAGAAGUACCUCAAACUUCUGGGGUACGCCGCCAGCGCGCAGGGGCAGGCGGCCGCGCCGGCCCGGAACAUGAAGCUGGCGGCGAUGGAAGAGCGGCUGCGGCAGAACCUCGCGCCGGCCGAGGGCCAGGAGCAGGCGGCCCGGCUGCCGCUCAAGUUCCCGUCGGAACACCGGGGCAUCCCGUUCGACACGUGGCUCGACAUCUUCCUCAACUACGCCUUCGCGCUCGUGCGGUCGGGCCGGCACCGCGAGGCGUACGCCGUCUGCCACGCGGCGCGGGACUCGGUCGUGUGGACGUCGGCCGAGACGACCUUCCUCAUCCACGUGGCGUGGGCGUCGUGCGCGGUCUACGCGGGCGACGAGGAGACGUGCGUCGCCAUCGCGCGCUACUUCAUGCGCGACUACAUGCCGGGCACCGACUCGUACCGCAUGUUCUCGGCCAUGUGCCGCGUCUGCCAGACGCCCGUGUCGUGGUACACGUCCGGGCCGGCGCAGAAGUUCAUCCUGCGCCAGAUCAAGACCAUGGACACCAUCGUCAUGCGCAAGGACAAGGAGAAGGACAGGGACAGGGACUCUCACGCUGCUGGUACCGGCAACGGCAACGGCAACGGCAGCAGCGACCCGGACAUCGGCCUCGACGUCGCGCUGCUGACCAUCUACGGCCACAUCCUCUUCACCACGACCUCGUACACGUACGCGCUCUCCUACUUCGCCCGCGCCGCCUCGCUCGACCCGGCCAACCCGCUCAUCAACCUCAGCACCGGCCUCGCCUACCUGCACUACGCGCUCAAGCGCCAGGCCACCAACCGCCAGUACCUGCUGACGCAGGGCUUCGCCUUCCUGUUCCGCUACUACCGCGACCGGGGGCCGCCGCCGCCGGUGGUGGUGGUGGUGGUGGUGGUGGAGGCGCAUUUCAACAUCGCCAGGGCGUACUCGCUUGUGGGGUUGGGGAAUCUGGCGGUGGAGUACUACAAGAAGGUUCUGGACGAGCAAGCAGCGUGGGGGGAGAAUCCCGGGAGCGGCGGCGGCGGGAUGGGCAGCGAGGAUCUGACCGCCGAGGCCGCGUACAACGUGCGGACGCUGUGCUAUCUGCUGGGGGAUGUGGACGGGGCGAGGGCCGUGGCGGAGAAGUGGCUCGUUUUGGAGUGA